AUGUCAACUACCAUCACUAUGAACACAACGACCAAUAUUGAGGAAGAUAAUAACAAGAACAAGAACGAAAAUGAAAAUGAAACCAAUAAUAAAUUCACAAUUAAUAGUACCUUGCCCUCUAACACAACUACCAAAGAAAAUGACCAAAACGAACAACAACAACAACAACAAGAAACACAUCAGUCAGAAUCAAAACAAGAAGAUAUAAAAAACGAGAAUGCUAUAAAUUCAGUAACAGAUAAACCUAUAGACAAUGACACCAAAGAUGAAGAUUCACCAACAAAGUCAGAUCUUUCCUUUGCUAAAAAAGAUUUAAGUAAAUCAAGAACACAAUCUUUCCAAUCAGUCUUAUCAACGGCUUCCUUAAAAUCACUAAAACAACAAGUGUUAACAAAUUCCAUCAUUACAAAUAAUGGAAACAACACCGCCAAUAAUGUCCCACAAAUGCAUAGAAAUAACAGCACCAUAAGUACUCACAAUUUAAUGCGUAGUAAUUCGACAAUAAAUAAUUCCAAGAAUUUCCUGUCAUUCAUCCAAGCCCCAGUAUUAUCAAGCAUCCAAAAACCCGAGGAAGACUGUCAAAUUGGACAACAGUUGCCGUUUGAUGGUAGCUCAUCGAGAACAAGAGCCAAUAGCAGUGAUGAAAAUGAUGAGGAUAAUAUAGUACAGCAACAAAAUUUAACAUUGAAAGCGUUGAAGAAAUUAAGUUUGUCUCCUAGACCAGUUACUAAUCCUGAUGAUAUAUCCGUGACAAGGGAGGAGGAAGCGAAAAGUAAACUAGUAAAAGAACCAUAUCAACCUGCUGAAGUCGAUUUGUCAUCAUUUGCAAGUUUAACCAGACAACCAAAACAACCUCAUAAGUUUUCAUCUCUGUCAAACGAUACCACGCAAAAAUCAGCUGGACCAGUAGAAAACCCAGCAAACAAAUCCGAAUCUAGUUUAUCUCAGUAUCAUAGUGACAUACAACAACAUCAACUAAAUGCAAUCCAACGACAAUUGCAACCAGAAAAAUUCAAUACAUCACCAAACACAAGUCGUACAAAGCAUCAAAUAUUACCUGGACAAUUAACACAUCCCCAAUUACACCACCACCAACAACCGCCACAACAACAACAGCAACAACAACAACAGAACCAGCAUCAGCAUCAUCAAUCACAGGCGUAUACAAAUUUCCCUCACCCUCAUCCAACAUCAGGCAUUCCGGCAGCAGUUGUACCACCCACUGAUUUUAAUGCGAAAAGAAAACCACUGAUUCCAAAAAUGCACUUCCAACAACAACAGCAGCAGCAGGGUAUUCAUGGUCAUACUAAUAUAAGUCCUGAAUCUCCAAAUCAGAAUACCCAAAACCACCACCUUAAUCAUGCUCGAUCAACCAAACAUUUACAACAAAUCAAAGGAUUACGCAACCCAAUGUAUGUUCCUGCUGUUCUCAGAGUGUCCCAAAAUGGAUUAUCCACACCUAACAGAUCACAAUCAAACUCACCAGAAGAGCUUUCAUCUUCACCGCAACAACUGUAUUGUAACCAACAGCAACGUCUGCAACAUCAACAACACCAAGAACAACCACAAGAUCAUUAUGAAUCCUAUUUACAAGCAUUCAACAAGAAAGAUAUUGUAGCGAACUCAUCGAAUGCAUCAGUUCGAUCAACAGACUCGGGAAUUUCAAUUGAUUCAAGUAUGUCUACCACCAGUGGCCAAUUGGGAUCACUAACGGGAUUUUUAUCUUUCAACUCCAACAAUGGUAAAAAUUAUGAUUUUGUUCUGAGAGCUCCACCUACUAGAAAGCAUUGGAUCAAAGAUGAAGUGGCUUUAAAAUGUGGUAUACCCACUUGUCCUAAAGUGUUUAAUUUCUUUGAAAGGAGACAUCAUUGUCGGAAAUGUGGAGGAAUAUUUUGUAAACAACAUACUUCACACAGUCUUUAUAUCAAUCAUUUAGCACAAUUUACUACCGGAGGUAGAGGUACCUUAUCAAAAGUGUGUGAUAAUUGUAUUGAAGAAUACAAUCAAUUCAUAGCGAAAGAGUUUGGAGUUAAUGUUCACAGUACUAAACCUAGUAUACCUAAUAAAUCAACCGAACAAAAAAUUGAGAGUAAAAAUAAUGUGCAUUCACAAUCUGGACUUGAUACCGGUGCUGCUUAUCAAUCACAGCAACAGAGUUUCAUUCCUACAACACAAACGCAUAACUAUUCCAAUAACACUGCUAGCAAUAAUAUUGUUGCCGUCUCUAAUGAUAGUGGGAAUAGUAGAAAUGACCAAUUGGUAGGUAGUGUUCCUGCAAAUUGGACUUGGAGUUCAUUUUAG